AUGACAACAGAACAAAUAAACGGAGAAUGUAGUCCGUUAGAAGAACAUACAAAUGAUGAAGCAAUUGUAGAAAACAAUGAACAAUAUUUAGGAGAUACCAUUAAUGGUAACAAUAUUAAAGUAUCUUCAGAUACUAUCGAAGAAUCAAUUAUUAUUCCAGAAACAUCGUCAGACAAUAAUAAUUCUCUUUCAAAUCAACUACAUAAAUAUCAAACUGAAAUUGAUCGUUUAAACUCUUCUAUUUUGUCUCAAACCAAUGAAAUUGAUCAACUAAAUUCCAAACUUAUUCUACAAGAUCAAACGUAUCAACAAUUCGUCUCAAAACUCAAAGAUGACUAUCAUAAAGAAAAACAAGUACAAGUUGUCAGAUAUGCACAAUCGGAAAAACGUACACUUGAUUUAGAGAAACGUUGUGAACAACUUACUCAAAAACAAACUGAAUUACAACGUGACAAAGAUGUAUUACAACAAAAAUUACAAGAAUCUAAAUCGUUAAAUGUACGUAUUCAACAAGCCUACGAUUUAAAACUAUCCGAAAUUUCACAAUUGAAAAAAGAACUAGAUAAAUUAAAAGAAACAUCACAAUCUGUCGAUCAAACAUUAAAAUUAACAUUGGCUCAUUUAAAACAAGAAACACAAAAAUUAAGAGAACAAAAAGAUUUAAAUGAACAAAUCAAACGAGAACUAAAUGAAGAAAAAGAAACUAAUGAACAAUUACGAAAACAAUAUAAAGAACCAUCGGAAUCACAACAACAAACGGUUAUUCAAAGCUUAACAUCAUUAUCGUCCAAUGAACUGCAGUUAUCAGAUAAUGAUAUAAUAGAUGAUACAAAAAAACAACAAUUAGAUCCAUAUCAAAUUUUAGAAUUAAAAUUAGAUGAAAAAAGUGAACAAUGUGAUCAGUUAACAAGUGAUCAAAAUCAAUUAAAAGUAAAAAUAACAAAUUUAAUUGAAGAAAAUUUAUUGUUACAAUCAAAAAUAAAACUUUUAGAAGAUGAUAAAUUAUCGCUAGAAAAUGUACGGGAAACAGAUAUUUUAAAUACGAGAAAAGAAAAAGAGUCAAAUCAAAAACUUUAUGAUAAUUUACUCAAAUUACAUGAACAAGAUUGUGUAGAAUUAACUAGAUUAAAAAUGAUUGAAGAAGAUUACAUAGAAUUGAAAGAUGAUUAUGAACAAUAUCGAAAUAAAAAAAGUGAAUUGUUAGAAUUUACCCAGAAAUUAACCGAAUUAAAUUCGGUCAUUCAAAGUGAUUAUGAACAAUUGAAUUCCAAAUAUCAAUCAAUUGAAAAACAGUAUAAACACAUCAAUCAGUUAUAUAAAGAACAGCAGAUGAAAAAGAAUGAAUUAGAAAAUGAAUUACGAACUGUAAAACAAGAUUAUGAUAAUUCAAAGUUAAAAUAUGUGGAAUUAUUGCAUAAAUAUGACAUAUGUAUCAAACAAUAUGAAGAUGAAAAAAUAGAAAAUCAAAGUUUAAGAAAAAAGCAUCAAAUAAAUAACAAAGAUUUAAUUAAACAAAUACAACAAUUACAGAAAAAAUCAAAUGAUUUUAGUCAAUCACCAACAGUUAUCAAUUCAAGACAAAAUUUGCUCGUUCGAAAAGAAAAUGAUGAUGGUGGUUCAUCGCUUGGUUCUCGUACCAGUUCUUCUUGUUCAUUAAAUGAUCAAUCAUCAUCCAUCAAUACAACAACUAUUCAAGAUCAAAUAACAAACGAACAACAAAAUAAUGAUUCUGAAGAAAUUGUGGUGAAUGUUUUUGAUAUUGAUCGUCAAAAACUCAUUGAUAAACUUCUCAAACAACAAAAAUUAUUAGUUCGACGUAAUGAAAAAAUUGAAUUUUUAAAUGAUCAUAUUUUUGUUUUAACUCAAGAUUUACAAAAUAAACGAAAAAUUAUUCAAGCUUAUGCAAUAAAUGAAGAUAUAUCUAUGUAUUCAUUAAAUACUGCCGAUAAUAUGAAACAAGAAUUAAUAUCGAAAAAAAAUACUUCAAAUUCAUUAAUGGCCACAUUGUAUACACAUGCAACAAAUCCAUUUCAUUUGUUAAAUGGGAGUGGACAUAAAACGUCGAAACAAUCCGAAAUGACAGUAGAAACAAGUGAUGAUAUCAUAAAUAGAUUGCAAGCAGCUUUAGAAGAGACACUAUUAAAAAAUAUUACAUUGAAAGAAAAUAUAGAUACGUUAACUAAAGAAAUUGAACAAUUGAACAAAUCAUGA